GAGUUUGGCGAACGCUAGCGACGGCUUGUCGCACCAGUAGAAGGGAGUGGUACGUCAAAAACUGACGCACAUCAGUAGUGUAUUGUGCGCCAACGAAAAUCUCAAAUAUAUUAUUAUUCAAUUUCUAGACUUUUUUUCCUUCAACAUCUCAUUUUGUGAACUCUAAAUAAUUCAACUUAACUCAACUCAACUCAACUCAACUGUACUUCACUUAAACUACAUGUGAAUUUAACUUUUGUGCGCUUCUCAACUUGUACUAUCUGCAAACUUUUAACUUUUUAUUGAACUCUAUGUGAGUAAGUGAAUCUUACGCCAGCGAGAAAGUGGCGAAUCUGUCACAUUCGGUACUGACCUGCGUGCGUGUGCAUGUGCGUGCGUGUAUGUGCGUGCUGGCAGCCUAUAAAAAUCGUUAAAUUACAUGAUGAUGAAACUCUUCCGCGUCGUCUCAACUCUACUCUAUUCUUCUUUCAAAAACUGCUUGCUACUAUAUCCUGCACUAAAUAUAUACUAUAUAAACAAAUCGUUUGUUUAAUACUAGAGAAAAAAUAUAGAAAAUAUAGAAAAAUACAAAAAAAAUAGCAAGCUAACGAAUUAUAGUUGCAUAGCACUUCCGACGUUACGCUGUUGCUAUCCAAACAAUUUUCGCUGAUUUUGCACUCAAGAAAUAUAUACUUAAAGAAAGAAAGACAAAAGCAAGCUGGCGUGUGGAAAAAUUGCUGAAAAACAAGCAUAUAGCAUAUAACAUAAAACAUUAACAAUUGUGAAUAACGGUGGAAAGAAACGAGCCAAGCAAGUCGUGAACGCAGCAGUUGAAAAGAGAACGACACCGUCGCCACGGAAGACGACGCAGAACGUAGAAUGCAAACAAAAAGCACAAACGCCAUGAAGCAAAAGUAGUACCAGCUAGUAGUUGAUGAUGUAGUUGUCAUAUUGUUGAAGUGCAAACGGUGGCCAACUAUUUAGCGUGAUUUAAAAGCAAGUGAGUAAUACGGCGCGCCUAAAUGUAGGCAAUGCCUAGCUGUUUUGCUAAAAAAUUUUAUUUCAACGAAAUUUUUUUUUGGGCAAAUUGAAAUCUACAAAAAUAUAUGCUAAGCGCUCGCUAGUUAGCGAUUACUUAAUACCCAACUAUAUUAUUGUUGUUGUUUACCUUAGCGCUUUUGCUGUGUUGUUGCGGUUGUGUAUGUGUGUUUUCCUGUUGCCGCAAUUUAGGCGCAACACCGCAGGCACAGCCGUGAGUGUCACUCAGAGAGUAUACGAAACUGUGAGAGAGCGUGUUUUUGACGAAGAGACGGUUGAAGAGAGCGUGUGCCGCUGAGCGCUUGCGAGCGCUACGUUACGAACGUGGCACUUCGUGUGCUUGUUCGGCGCGUUAAAACGCCAGCACGGCAUUGCCAUUCAUUCAGUGAUUUGGCAUGAAGCCAACUUGUUUCGAAAUUAUGUUUGUGGUGUGUGCGAAACUGAAAUGUAAUGGAAAUGCAGGCGAAUUUUAACUGUUUAUUGGCAAUUGUGCAAAGGAAGAACACAGAACACUUAUAUGUCAACAUAGCAAUCGGCAAGCUAAUGAAUCACUCGACUUACCAUCCACUGGCCGCAUUACUCAUACAACAAAACCAAUGAGAGAAGCAUUUUCAAGAAAAUUCAGCUCAUUUAAAAUAAAAGAAAACUAAAAACAAGCAAUACAAAUAUAAAUAACGAAAAGCAACAGCAACAAUUCUGUGUGAAACAAAAUUACGUCAACGAUACAACGAAGCAAUACUCAACUGUGAGCAAAACCACAAAAACAAAAUCAACUAAACAAAAAGAAGAAAUAAUUAAAAAUUUAGAUUUAGCAUACAACAUUGAAAUUAAAGCAUUAGAGGCGUUAGAAACGUUUGAAAAUUAUACAUUUACAACUAAUAGCAACUUCACACUUAUCAAAUAAGUAUUUGGCAAUUACGAGAAACCAAACCGAGAGAGCGUAGAAAAAAAGAGUUUGAGAACAGUUUAUGUGAGUAAAAGCGAGUUGUGACCUUUCACUUGAAUGGUGCAAAACGAACUUCGCCAACAAAAUGUCCGUCGAUUGCAUGCGACCCACGAGCAAUAAGAUCGUCAUCACGCCCGGUGCAACACUGUGCUAUGCCACGAACACUACAGCGCGAGUAUCGCAACAGCAAACACGAUCUACAAUACGACAACAAACGACGGCGACUGUGAGAUCAGCACGCCCACAACCAAACACAACAACAUGCAAGGGCAAAGCACUGACAACGGUCAAACCAAGCGCGCUGCUUCCGAAGCAACAGUCGACGAUUGUGGUGGUUAGAAAGCCUGCUGGGCCAGUUACACCGCCACUCUUACAGCCGAAAACCAAAUAUGCAUCACUUGUACCGUUAUCACGCAGCACCAACAAACGCGUGCGCAAUGUCGGCAAUCAGAAAUCGCCCAAAGACCCUGUCGCUAUGGAUCGCAUUGAGUUUGAGGAUGCCACUAGUGACUUGGAGGUAUGCAAGAGACUCGAGUGGUCGGCCGCACAAUCGUUAGUCGAAAUGAAUGCGAAAGAGAAACAGCGACGCAGUGCUGUCGCUGUACAGGCGACAGUGGAGCGGAAGCCAUUGACGUCGGUGGCGACUAAAGAGGUUGCUGCAGUGCAGACACCUGUCAAUGGAACCGUUUUGAGUGAGGCAAAUUCACACAACAAUGGUGAUAUCACUAGAGUGGAGCAACGACGCAAUGUUGUCAAGUGGAAUGCCAGAAAUAACAACAGCAACAACAACAAAGCAACUACUAAUGAAGCCACAACCGGCAAAUAUGUAGCACCAUUAACAACCAUUGGUGGACGCUCACCGGCCGAAGAUGGCAAAGUCAUUUUCUAUGCACCACCAGCUGGUGGCAUCAACGCCAAUCAAACUUCCACUCAGGCGCCAACCUUUACGAUCAAACAAGAACCAACAUUGCCGGCGUUUUAUCGCGAACGCAGUAUCGAGGAGACCGAAGCCGCCCACGAUCUACUCUCACUAUCACAAAGUCUACCACCACUAACACCGCCUUGUGUCGUCACCAUACUACAUCAGCAGGAGGCGUCGACUAAUCGCAACCAAAACAACCAUAACACCAACAAUAAUAACAGCACAAUACAACAACAAACUCACUAUCAACCACAAAUACAAACCAAGACAGGCAUCAUGCAUGAAAUAUCCAGUGCUUCCAAACAGCAAAGAGCCGGCGUCGUGGCACAACCCCAGCUCGCACCACCACCACUUUGUGCGGCAACAAUUAAUGCGGAUAACUUUACUAUAUUCACGGUGGAAGAGAUUCAAACGCCCACACAUCGACCAGCCGCACACGGGCAAGGUCCACCAAAAAUACGUUACAUCAGCAGCGGCAGCAGCAGCUCAUACGACAGUCACGCAGGCGCAAAUACGCCAGACAACUCAGAGAACUGCUCACCACUAACGCCACCAAAUUCCGAUCAUUCAUCCGAUAUAGACAUUGAUAUGUCCUCCUCAUCGGAGUCGGGUCACUUCAAUUCCAACUAUCAACCUACGCUGAAAUUGUGGAUCGACGAACCGACGGCCGCCUAUACAAUGCGACGCACUUCCACCAAUGCAAUGGCUAUCGAUGAUGCGUUCGAUGCGAAGUCGACACACACCGCCGCCAAGUUGGGCCUUAACAUAUUGGAUGGGCGCACCAAAGCGAGCCGUUGCCACAAGGAGCCAAUCGAAACGCACACAACCGGCAACUACGGCGCGCCUGCUACCGACAUGGACGCGUAUGUGAAGAAGAAACGCGGCAGCUAUAAGUGCUCCGAAUGUGGCAAACAGUAUGCCACAUCGAGUAAUCUGUCGCGCCACAAGCAAACGCAUCGCUCACUCGAUUCGCAAUCGGCGAAAAAAUGCAACACUUGCGGCAAGGCUUACGUCUCAAUGCCCGCACUCGCCAUGCACUUGCUCACGCACAAACUCUCGCACAGCUGCGACAUCUGUGGCAAACUAUUCUCACGCCCUUGGCUACUACAGGGCCAUUUACGCUCGCACACCGGCGAGAAACCGUAUGCGUGCUCACACUGCGGCAAAGCUUUCGCCGAUCGCUCCAAUCUGCGUGCGCACAUGCAAACGCACUCGAUCGAUAAGAAUUUCGAAUGCAAACGUUGCCACAAGACAUUCGCACUGAAGUCGUACCUAAACAAGCACCUGGAGUCGUCGUGUCUCAAGGAUAUGAUGGGCAUGUCUAGCGAAGAGGCGGCCGACUUGUACGGCGCGGAUGGUGAUGGGGAUGGUGAUGGUGAUGGAGACGGUGAGGGUGAAGGUGAAGGCGAAUCGAUGACAGCGCAAAGCAGUGAUGAUAAUGACGAGGAUAUAGUAGUCGCAUAAAUGCCGUUAAAAAUCUGUUGAGAGACGGCAAUGUAAGAAAGCUACCAUUAGCAGCAAAUGUGCCAGGGUAAGUGCAAAAGCUUAGUAGUGAUGUGAAAGCUUCUUUUUAAUGCGUAAGCUUUUUUCUAAUGUGAAAGCUCUUCCUAAAUACAGGAAAGCAUACAAUUUUUACGCAAUCCAAUUGUAAAAUAUAUUGUAAAAGUAGUUUUUCUAUAUUAAGAAGUUCGAUAGUUAAAGCAAAAGUAGAAAACAGUGAAACGAAAUGAUAUAAGAGUAAAAGAAAGUGACGUGUAAGCUGAAAUGAAAGCUAAGUGAAAGCUGUAGAUUUUUUUCGCAAAAACGCAAUUAAACAACAAUACAAAACCUACCAACUUUAAGUAAAAAUCCCAUGCAACGAAUAUUAUGGAACAUAAGUAGAAAUUCUAUAUAUACAUACAUAUAUAUAUAUAUAUAUACAACAAAAUUAUUAUAAUUAUUAUUAUUGAAAUUAUUAUGAAGCAAAUAUUAUUAGGACUUUAUUGAUAAGGAAAAUUUAAAUUAGAAAGUGUGUUAUGUUGGCACAUGCGGCAAGUGAACAUUUGAUAUAUUCGUAGUGGAAAUUUCAAAACAAAAACCAAACGAACAACAACAAACCAUAAAAAAAAUUAUUAAAAUAAGUAGAGAGAUUAAUAUUAGAAAAAACAGUCAGUAGCGCCAUCUAGUCAAGGCGAGUGAGAACCAUAGCCACUUUCACUCAUCAAGCAAACAAGUAAGCACUGUAAGUGCGCUCAAACUAGCUGAGCGUGUAGCCAAGCGCCGUUAAUUUGAGGUUAUGCAGUUCUGCGUUUAAGAUCAAAGCCCUUACAGCGGCACGUUUUAUAUAUAGUAUGAAAGCAUAGUUAAAUAUGUAUAUGUAUAUGUACUCACAUAUGCAUACAGACAUGUUUAUACAAUAUACAUACAUACAUUUAUAUAUAUAUAUAUAAGUAUAUUAUAUGUAUAUAGAAGGCAUUGAGCAGCAGUUGAUAUUUUUUAGAGUAUUUCAUAUACAUAUAUUUUAAUUGAUGAAGUGAAUUAUUAAGCAAAAAUGGCGGAAAAUUAAAAAAAAAAAGAAUUAAUAAAAUAAUUUAAAAUAUUCUUCAAACAAAAAGCUAAUUUACUUAGCAUAGUAAUUUACAAGCAGACAAUUUUGAAAACCAAAAAGGAAUGCGAACCAUUGAAACAUUUUAUUAGUUUUUAAAAAAACUGGCGUAAAAUUUAUUUUCAAAUUAAAUUGAAUAUUUUUUUAUAACCCAAAAACACAGCUUCACAAAAUAAUAAGUAUUUCACGUUUAAUGGCGUAUUUAUGGUCGCAAUUUUAAUAAUUAAGUUAAUUAGCACUCAAUUAAGUGAAGCUCUCAAACAAAAUUUAAAAAAAUAAAGGGUGAUCCAUUUCGAGGGUCCCUACUUUUUAAAAGAAAAACACAGAAACUUCAUAUUUAAUAAGGACUGUUUAUUAUCAAUCGAAAGAACAUUCUUUGGCAUUUAUUUUUUGAAGAUUAUCUCCUUCAAAUGUUGGUCGCGGCGACGUCUCAGUUGGUACAUCCGUUAAGUCUAAUUUUCGAUGACUCCUUCGAGUAUUUCGAUCAGUAACUGGGCAAUAACACGUUUACUGUUUUGCUCCAAGGGCUGAAUCGAUGCGGGAUUGUCUGCAUAGACCUUUGACUUUACAUAUCCGCACAAGAAAAAGUUUAACGGUGUGAUAUCACGCGAUCUUGGUGGCCAAUUAGUUUUGAAGAAAUAUGGACCGAUGAUUCCACUAGUCUACAAACCACACCAAACCGUUACCUGGAUGAAAUGGCUCUUGAAUCUCUUCACUUUUCUCUUCUUCCCAAAUGCGACAAUUUUGCUUGUUUACAUACCAAUUGGGCCAGAAAGCUUCAGUUCUUCUACAAGCUGAAUUUGGUACGCUCUCAAUUUAAGAUCUCGAUGUAAAAUGUGCCAAGUUGUUCCAUACGUCAGUCAGAGUUGAUGCAAACGAAUCCACGGUCUUCGUGCACACUCUCAGCCACGGCUGCUAUAUUUUCUUCACUGCCUGCUGGACGUGGUCUAUUCGGCCGAAUAACAUCCAAUAAUGAAUAGGUCUCAAGAUGGAUGAUGGUGUUGUCAAUAGUAUGCCCAUAUGUUGACCAUAAGUUGAAUGAACCGCGCGUAACACAUUCUUUACAGAACGUGAAUUUUCGUAAUAAAGUUGAAUGAUUUGUAAACGUUGUUCAGGCGUAAGUCUUUCCACAAUGAAAUACCAAACAACACUGAACAAAAAUUACAUGACAGCUUGACACGACUG